GAGCUUUUUCUCUCUCUAUGGCUAAUCGCUAGGGAUUGCUCGCUCAGGUUUCACAACCUCACCUUCAUCUCUCUCUCUCAAAUUCAAUUUACAUUUCACGCUAAAUUACUUACCCGCCAAAACAAACACACACACCCCUCUCUCAAUUCAAUUCAAAUCUCUUCUCUCUUCUUCCUCUUCCCUCCUUCUCUCUCUCUCUCUAGGGUUUCUCUCUCAUGGACGACCCUCCGCAACCCGCACCAGAUCCUCCACCACCAAUUCACAACGGAGUACUACUUCAACCCGAACCGGAAUCGGAGGAGCGCUGCAGCAAGAAGCCCAAGCUAGACGAACCGAAUCCGAAUCUCGACGACGGCGGCGCCGGUGGCGAAUUGAAGCGAAUCGCGGAGAUUGUGCUGGUUCUUUCCACGAUGGCGGCGAUGCGAGCGGGAAGGAAGCCAACCGGUGUGGAGGUUGAUCUCAUGAGGGAGGCUCGGACCAAGCUCGCGCAUCUCUGCCAAGGGAUCGCUCCUAAGGAUAUUGUGGCCAGUGAAGCUAUUGGUGCUGUCAUUGAGGAUCUUGGAUUUAAUGCCAAGUUUAAGGAUCAGAGGUUAGGGUUUCGAACUCCGAAAAUGUCGAUUGCUGAGAGGUACUCGCACGCUAAGUGGAAGAUGGAGGAAGCAAAGAAGUUUUCUGCACCUUCUACAACAUAUGCUUCUCAGCCCUUGCAAACAAGCAUUGGCGGAACAGUUGAUAAUCGUGUGCCAACACAUACUGUUCGAAUGAUAGCGUCUGAUAAAUCAAGCCAUGCAGCAAUCCCUUCUACAGGUACUGUAAUGUCUAUUCCUCCCCAAGUUUCUGUAGGGUCUUCUGCAGCAUUGCAAUAUCAAUCAACCAGCAAUGAAGUGAGACCUCCAGUGGUUCCUGGUGUAAUAUCUAGUACUCACUUGGGGAGAAAUCCAUCUUCCGUAGCAUUGCCCAAAGUUGAACACUCCCAGUUCAAAGUUGGCGGAGGAUCAAAUGGGCCUCCUUAUGUGCUGCAAGUUCAAGCAAAUUCAUCAGCAAACCAACCAUUGGUGAAUGCUCCAACAUGGUCAAUGCAGGCUCAAUCUUCAUCUAUGGCUAGAAGCACGUCAGAAAACAAGGUGCCUACUCUUAACUCUGCUAAGGUUGAAGUAGCAGCUGAUGUAACCAUAUCAAGGGCAGGGCCUCAAAUAACAACAGAUCAAAGCUUUAGACCAUUUACUACUCAAACAGUGCCUGUGAAUUUGUCAAUUAUGCACCAGCCCUUGCAGCCCUUGCAGGGCAUGAACAGGGUUCAAGCUCCUGUGAUUCCUAGUCAUGCGGAUAUUGCAAAGAUUGUCCAGAAAGUGUUACUACCAAAACUUCCUGACCAUCCCACAUGGACUCCUCCCUCAAGGGAUUAUAUGAAUAAGGGUUUGACUUGUCAAAUAUGUGAGGUCACUGUCAAUGAGGUUGAUACUGUACUUCUCUGUGAUGCUUGUGAAAAGGGAUUUCACUUGAAGUGCCUGCCACCAUCGGUCUUAAGAGGAAUUCAUAAUAGAGUUGAUUGGUACUGCAUGAAGUGCUUGGGUUUAAGUGGUGGGAAGCCUUUGCCUCCAAAAUAUGGCCGUGUUAUGAGAUCCUCUAACACACCACCAAAAUUGCCCUCUAAUACAGACACUAUUCAACCAUCUUCAGAGAAGGAAGCAGGGAGCAUAGAUCCACAGGUCAGCCAGCAGUUGUUAACAACAAAUGGGAGCUCUGUCCAAGCUGUUUCCAGUGGCAAUCAUAGUGUCGAACCAUCAGCUGACUCAAUGACCCCAGAUAUGAAUGAUAUACAAGUUACCAACAUUUCAUCCAGCAUUGAAACUAUUGGUGAAAAGUCUGAUCCAAACUUCUCUAUGAAGUCUCUUAGUGCAUCAGCUGACUCAAAGACCAGAGAUAUGAGUGAUAUACAAGUUACCAACAUUUCAUCCAGCAUUGAAACUAUUGGUGAGAAGUCUGAUCCUAACAUCUCUAUGAAGUCUCUCAGUGCAUCAGCUGACUCAAAGACCAGAGAUAUGAGCGAUAUACAAGUUACCAACAUUUCAUCCAGCAUUGAAACUAUUGGUGAGAAGUCUGAUCCAAACAUCUCUAUGAAGUCUCUCAGUGCAUCAGCUGACUCAAAGACCAGAGAUAUGAGCGAUAUACAAGUUACCAACAUUUCAUCCAGCAUUGAAACUAUUGGUGAGAAGUCUGAUCCAAACAUCUCUAUGAAGUCCCUUAGUGCAUCAGCUGACUCAAAGACCUCAGAUAUGAAUGAUAUACAAGUUACCAACAUUUCAUCCAGCAUUGAAACUAUUGGUGAGAAGUCUGAUCCAAACAUCUCUACGAAGUCCCUUAGUGCAUCAGCUGACUCAAAGGCCCCAGAUAUGAGUGAUAUACAAGUUACCAACAUUUCAUCCAGUAUUGAAACUAUUGGUGAGAAGUCUGAUCCAAACAUCUCUAUGAAGUCCCUUAGUGCAUCGGCUGACUCAAAGACCAGAGAUAUGAGCGAUAUACAAGUUACCAACAUUUCAUCCAGCAUUGAAACUAUUGGUGAGAAGUCUGAUUCAAACAUCUCUAUGAAUUCCCUUAGUGCAGCUUCUAGUCCUUCCACCGGCUUGCAAAGUGAAAGCUCUCAACAAAUAAAUUCUAAGGCUUUGAUCUGUAAAGAGACAUCAGAAUCUGAAACUCUUCCUAUAUUAUCUGAGCCGGCUAAAUGUGAAAAUUUGCAACCAUCACAAGAUUUUCAAGUGGAGCAGACAGAGUCACAAGACAAUGCUGAAGUAUCAUCAGAUAAACAUGUUAACAGUACUUGUAUGACUAGGGAACAAAAGGAAUCUCAUGGAGGAGAAAAUUUAACUUAUGAUAGUAAGCCUGAUGACCUAGAUGUCGCACAAGCAAAUUUUAUUGGAGGUUCUGAAACUAUUGCUGAAGGUAGACAACACUCUGCAUUAUCUUCAGAUAGCUCACAUGCUGUAGAAUGGAUUGGUGAUGUUUUACAAGUUGUAGAUGAGAAAAAGUUUUACCAAUCUUGCUCUGUCAAUGGAAUAACGUAUAGGCUGCAGGAUCAUGCUCUUUUUCCAUCCAGCCAUGGCAAAUUAACACCUUCUAAAAUUCAGUCUAUGUGGGAAGAUUGCAAAACUGGGUUAAAUUGGGUUAAGGUGACAAACUGCUACUUUCCUGACAAUUUGCCAGGGAAUAUUAGUCACCCGUGUAUAUCUGAAGUCAAUGAGGUUUAUGAAUCUAAUAGUGACAGAACGGAAAUGCUUGGCUCUAUUCAAGGCCCGUGUGAAGUCCUUCCAUCAGAUAAGUUUAAACAAGAAAAUGACAGGCGAUGUCAGUUAGAAAAUGAGCCAAGUGCUAGAGUACAGCCCAUUUUCCUUUGCAGGUGGUUUUAUGAUGAAAUCAAAAGUUUUUUUCAACCAGUUACCAGUUGAUUCUGUAUUGGACAUAAAUCUUUCCCGAUUCCUACACUGCAUUUUUGUGGUAUUUUAGGUGUUUCAGACAGGAUCUUUCUUGUAUGGAUACUUGAGGUUCAUGUGAGACCCAUUCUAAGGCACAUUGAAGCAGCAUUGCCUCCGCGCCUGCAACGAUGCAGCAUGAAAUAUGUUUGAUGUAAAAUAUGUAAGCUGAAGCUGAGCCUGUAAUUGCUGAGUUUAGCUUUAGUUAUGAUAGUAGUGCUGUUCCUAAUUCAUUCUGUAUAAUUCUUUUUUGGGCACUUAGGGUUGCUAAAUCGCGUUAUUAUCUCUGAAAUUAAAUUAUCAGUGUAGUCCUCUUAGUUUGCUGGAAUUGUAUAAUAUUUCGUUUGUACAAAAGCCAUUGGAAUUUUGGACAGCAGUUUAGGGCCUGUUUGGUUUAACUUCUAAUUAUAUGGAUUUUCUCACUCAAA